AUGGAGCCACUGGUCCGUCAGAAGUUUGACGCUUUGACUCAAAACUUCACUCCCGAUCAACAAAAUAGUCGACGAUACAAUAACGAGCUCCAAACGCUUGCUGUGAUCCCUCUACACGUGUUAUUAAGUCGACAACAAGAUGCUACUGAGCAAUCUCUACAGCCCAGUAAACUAGAAUUUACCAAGUCACCACUUUCUGAAACUGAGAAGUCUCUUUAA